AUGUAUGUGGUGUGGUGUAACGUUGACGUGACAAAGAGUUGUUCUUCAAAAUACGAGGAGGAGGUGGAGGAGGAAGAGGAGAAGGCGGAAGACGAGGAGGAGGAUGACAGACCUUCACAGAACAGCGAAGAGGAGGAGUAUGUUGGGAAUGAAGAGGACAUAGUACCACCCUUUAAGAAAAAGAUCACAAGGAAACUGCAGCACCUCCAGAUGACACCACUGAUGGAGAGGACCACAGUGCUGCACCCAGCUGUGAUGAAACAAAGAAAGAAAGGCAGGCUAUCCGUGGUGUUCAGGCAAGGAGGCACUUGGGAAGGAAGCGCAAAGCUGAAGCUUCAACGUCUGACUGUGGGUUGCAGGCUUAUAUUGCCCAUGAAACCAGAAAAGCCAGAAAAGCAAAGCUGCAACAGAUGUUUGAAGCUGAGCAAAACCGUCAAACGCAGGAGAGUACAGCUCUGGAGAGUCUUCUAA